GUCUUUGUGUGAUCUCAUGAUCAGAGUCCAACCAGAGACAUUCACAGAUUUUCUGGUUGAUGAAGUAAUGGAGUCUCAGUAUCACCAGUUUGGGCCGAUUGAUAACAGCUCUGUCCGUGGAGAGCACAAAACGACUUUAAAAACCGGUAUGAAGAGCUUCAUGGUUUGUGUCCUCUAUGGAGUCCUGGUGCUGCUGCUGUUGAUUCUGCUGAUGGUCACUGGGAUAAAAUUCUCCAAGUUAAACAAGGAAAUCACUGAUGUCAAACUCAACCUUGAGAGAAUCAGCAAUGGAGGAACAACUUCUUUAUCCAGUUCAGGUGCAACAACUGUGCAGGAGGUCCCCCUACAGAGACUUGCUCCAGUUAGAGGAACAUGUAGGGAUGGUUGGGUGUCUUUCCAGACCCGCUGCUACCUGCUUUCCACCACGCCCGUGACCUGGAGCAAAGCAGAGGAGCAGUGCCGAAAACACGGAGGACACCUAGUGGUCCUGAAUAAUGUUGAGGAGCUGGACUACAUUUCAAAAAUAGUUGAAAUCAGAUAUAACUACUGGAUUGGACUAGUGGAGCGAGAACACGAGGGACACUGGAGCUGGGUGGAUGGAACUGUAUACAAUUCAACCCCAACUUUCUGGGACAAUGGUCAGCCUGACAACUGGGACUAUAGAGGGAACGUAGAGGACUGCGGGCAGAUUCAUGCUUCUGAGAGACGCAAACGCAAGAUGUGGAACGAUGCAGACUGCAAUCUGCCGUAUCAGUACAUCUGUGAGACAAGGCUGUGAGAGACAGAGAACCAUUCUGAGCUUCUGAACCAUCACCAACGUGACAGGCUUGAUAUCAAAUAA